AUGUCCCAGGUGCCCAAGAAGAGCUUUCGCCAGUUUUCAGAUCUUCAACGUGUCUUUCAAGAGAUCCAGGCCUUGAGAAAUUUGCGUCACCCUCAUAUCAUCCGCGUCUUAGACGUUGCGGAUCAUCCCGACUCCAUUUGUUUCAUCAUGGAAUUCGCUGCCGGUGGAGAGCUGCGUGGCUAUGUGGAGAAGCAUUCUUUCCUGGAAGAGGACGAGGCUCGCACCUUCUUUAAGCAGAUCGUCCGGGCCGUGCACUACAUCCACAGCAAAAAGAUCAUCCACCGCGAUUUGAAACUUGAGAAUGUCCUUUUGGAUGCGCACAACAGGUGCAAAAUUGUGGACUUUGGGCUCUCUGACUAUGUCUCCUCGAAGGAGCGCACCGUCACAGACGCCGGCACAGAAGCUUAUCUGGCUCCGGAGGUCUUCAAUGGAUGUUCCGGAGAUGCAGAUCCUUACAAAAUCGAUGUUUGGGCUCUGGGCGUUAUCCUUUAUGCUCUCUGUCAUGGGAGGUUACCUUUUGGACGCCCGGAUCGCGAGACUUGUGCAAAGAUUGAGAGUGAUGGGUUGAGCUUCAAGGAGACGGCUACUUCAAAUUAUCGCCGCAUCGUACGGGCAAUGCUGACUCCAAGACCUGAGAAGCGAGCUUUCGUGGACGAAAUCACGUUAGAUUCUUGGGUGGUGGUUCAUCGCUUCGCCGACUGCGAGGAUGUGCCAUCGCCAUCCUUUGUGCUGGAGGACGGCGAGGUCCUUCACGUAGGUGUAGAGUCUACGGAAGAGCGGCAACGAGAUAGAGACAGCACUGAGGAAUUGGACCCGACUCUGGAAGUCGAUGUGGAACGCGCUCAAACUGCAAGGGCCGAACUUGAAGGCUCGGCCUCGCCCAUCAGGCGAGGAGAGCGCCGGCCCCGCACGGUGUCGGACAGUCCGGGCACAUCGGCGACACCUCGGCCUGCCUUGCGCAAAGGCACUACUACGCCAGGCACUACUACGGGGCUUGGGCGCGCGGGCAUGGCCGUGAUUCGCGGCACGCAUGACGUGACCACGACCAAAAAAUGGAGCUCAGCAGCUGGCAGCGACUUGAAUGUGGUGCGCCUUGAACAGGCUCCAGCUGCAGGUUCCCAGGACGUCGCCAUGGAGAGCUCGUCCAACUUCCCCCGUAGUCGCUCAGACCCACCAAGGUUUCUGAAGGCCGCGAGAAGGGACGAAGAGUGUGAGUUGCAGGAUGCGGCCACUGCACAAGCUUUGGUACUAGCCCCACCUGGCCAGCUGGAGUUGCAACUUGGCGGACCGGCUCCACUGUGGCAAUCCCAGAUGUUGCGUGUGGAGGCAAAGAAGCCGGAUGAACAGCUGAGGAAAAGAGAGGAAGAUCCCUCAAGGAGAGGAGCAGCACUACUUCGAGCUGAGAAGGCUAGAACGACGGAACCGCCUCCAGUGGUGAAGGCACCUACGAAGGUGAAGUGCAGUGAGAAAAGCUCUGGCGCCAGCGCCAGCAGACCUUCGGUUUUGUGGCCUCGAGGAGCAUGUACACCAGAUGUCGCUACCCCUGCUGCACCUGCUGGACAUGCUGGUCCGGAUGAAGGGACAACUGCUUGGCUGAUCAUUCUAGCGCAGACAGAUGUCCAAACCCUGAGAAUCAAAGAGGCUGUGGCCAAGCGCAAGCAGCUGACUGGCGUGUCAUACGUCAGACCUUCAUGCGAUGAAUGGCCAGCAUGGAUGGCCCAGAUGCCGCCCGACCCCGUCCCUGCCACAGACCAAUGGCCCGUCAGUGGUUUAAACCUAGAAGACUGUUGGGCUGCUUGUCGUCGCGGCUUGGGCUUGAGCAUGCAGGCUCCGGGAUUUGGAGCACUGGUGUACAUCGCAACGCAGCACCUGAGGAAAAUCAUCGAAGGAGGUGGCUGCAGCUGCAAGGGUGUGGUAGAAUGCGUACUGCAACAAGACCAUGCCUAUGUCUUGGGGAGCGUUUUGCCCAACUUGUUCAUCGAAAAGGAAUUCCAGCGAUGUCACUUCGCCAUCUCCUCAAAGAAGACUCGAGAAAUCUUUGCCAAGAAGAAGAAAAACAACGUGGAAAGCAAGUUUCUGAAGGCCGCGAGAAGGGACGAAGAGUGUGAGUUGCAGGAUGCGGCCACUGCACAAGCUUUGGUACUAGCCCCACCUGGCCAGCUGGAGUUGCAACUUGGCGGACCGGUGGAGGCAAAGAAGCCGGAUGAACAGCUGAGGAAAAGAGAGGAAGAUCCCUCAAGGAGAGGAGCAGCACUACUUCGAGCUGAGAAGGCUAGAACGACGGAACCGCCUCCAGUGGUGAAGGCACCUACGAAGGUGAAAACAGGAGGAAGUGCAGUGAGAAAAGCUCUGGCGCCAGCGCCAGCAGACCUUCGGUUUUGUGGCCUCGAGGAGCAUGUACACCAGAUGUCGCUACCCCUGCUGCACCUGCUGGACAUGCUGGUGGCCACGUUGCCAGUGGGUGUUGCAGUUGGAGAACGGAAACCCCUACUGGUAUGUCAAGAUCGGAUGCGCGGAGGAUUCUCCUACAACAUCAUGAGACAUCACUGCGGCUUCAAGCUGGCCAGCUAUAGCAGCGACAUCACCGAGACAGCCAGCGCCUGCGAGGAAGCGUCCACGCCAUUUCUGCAUCGGGCCUUGGCCAACAAGAUGUUCUCAGCCUGCGGCGACGUUUGCGUAUGGGACUUUGAGAAUCCGGAUGCCGUCGAGUUCAAAUACGAUGCAGACCGAAAGUGCUAUGUGGAACAGAGAGAUGGCUCCUGUGCCAAGGAGCAUCCCGAGGCCUUGGAGACCGUGAAGAAUCACAAGAGCACGCUCUGUGGAAAAGAGGCCGAGCUAUGCCAUCCCUUUGUGCCGGAGCUCACCGAGAACAUCAUCUUGCGCUACUGUGGUAUUGUGGGCAAGAACGGGCAAGAUCACAGUCCCGAGACCAAGGGCUGCGAUGACAGUGACACGCCACAGGUCCGAAAGUCCUUGGCGAACCAUAUGUUCUCUCAUUGUGGUGCUUGGUGCCUCUUCGACUACGACGCACCAGAUACCGUCUCCUACGCCUGGGACAUCUACACUCAAUGCUGGAAGAAGGGAGGCUGCAAAAACCACCCAGAGCAAAAGGACGCCAUCGCUCGACGUGCACAAGCCUGUGAGGCGUGUCAAGCUAAGAGGUCAACACUGCUCGUAGCGUGUGAGAAGGGCCCUGAGACGUGCCGACCACAAGUGGCCAUCUUGAAAGAUGAAGUCACCCGCGGCUACUGCAAAGUGACGACUACCAACUUCGUGGACCGUUCGGUGAGCGCCAAGAGCUGCGAUGGCGGCAGCGAUGGCUUUGUGCACCGCGCGUUGGCCAACGGCAUGUAUGAACAUUGUGAUGCCUGGUGCCUCUACGAUUGGGAGUCCCCUGACAAGAUCUCCUAUCAUUGGAACAACCACAAGAAGUGCUUCGAAUAUGGAAGCGACUGUCAGGGGCACAAGGAACAAGCCCUGGUGACGAGCUACAAAGAUGUCCUUUGCGAGGCUGAGAAGAUGUGCACGCCAGUUGCACCAAAGUUGAGUGAGGCAGUGAUCUACCGCUAUUGCGAGAAGCUGUCGACCAAUGGCGAGGAUCGCAGCCCCAAGGCCAAAGGUUGCCAUGCCAGCUACACGCCCUACGUCCGCCGCUCUCUGGCCAACAAGAUGUUCAGCCACUGUGGUGCCUGGUGUCUCUACGACUACGAUCAACCGGACACUGUGGCUUACCACUGGAACAGCGAGACCUCCUGCUGGCAACGUGGAAGCGGUUGCAUCGGGCACGCAGAGCAGAAGCUGUCGCUGGAACGAAAGGCCACCUUCUGCGAGGCAGACUUGUGCAUCCCGGUGCAGAGCCUCCUCUCCGACACCUUGAUGUCCAGCUAUUGCGAAAGCACAACGGUGGAUCACAGCCCACAUGCGAAGACCUGCGAUAGCGCACAGAGUAACGAGGUGCACAUGGCAUUGGCCAACAAGAUGUUUUCCAGCUGCUCUUCCACCUGCCUCUUUAGCUUCGACAAUCCGAGUCAGGUGGCCUUCACCUGGAACAUCGCUGGCAUGUGCUGGAAGAAGACAGACUCCUGCGGUACUGCCGCUGAGCGCGCUGCUGCCGUGACGCGCAAGAGCAAGUUCUGCAAGGCUAACCUGGAGCAUGGCAAGCUGAACGUCACAGCCAGAUGUGUUUCAUCUGAAGCGCACCAUCGGAACGACCUCAUGGAGAGCUAUUGUGGUCACAGCAUCGUAGAGGGCAUCGACAAAAGCAUUGAUGCCAAAGGAUGCAAGGCGAUGUACACGGAGCAGGUGCAGUUGGCUCUGGCGAACAAAAUGUUCAAAGACUGCAACUCCCUGUGUCUUUUCGACUUUGAGAUGCCACAUUUGGCAGCCUUUCGAUGGAUCCCUGCUGAGCAGUGCUGGCUCAAAGCAGAAAGCUGCGGAGAAGCCGGGGAGCAAGAUGCUCUGGUGGCACAUCGCCGAAGCCUUUGCGAGGUGCCCAAGGGCCCAUGCCAGCCAGUGGCACAGCUCUCGGACAAAGUCAUGAGCAACUAUUGUGCACGCAAUGAGUUGCAGGGUGCAGAGAAGUUCUCCACAGCUGCGGGUUGUGAGGAGUUUUACACGCACCAGGUGCGAAGAUCCUUAGCAAAUCGUAUGUUUGAAGAUUGCGGUUCCUGGUGCCUUUACGACUUCGAUCAGCCCACCAUCAUGUACGCGUGGAUGGCUAAUAGGAAGUGCUGGCUGCAAACAGGCAGCCCAUGUGGGCCUCGGUAUGCCCAACAGUCAGCCGCGCUGCGCAGGGAGAAGUUCUGCAAGGACCACACGCUGAGUGUGAACGAGGCGGGUUGCGUCCCCUUCUCCAGUCAGCUGUCCAACACGCUCAUGGCACAUCGUUGUGGGGACUUGAAGCGCUACAGCGUGGACAUCAGCGAGGAUGCCAGGGCUUGCCAUUUCACGGAUACGCCCAUGGUGAAGAAAGCCUUGGCGAAUCACAUGUUCAGUCAAUGUGGUGCUGAGUGCAUCUAUGACUAUGAUCAGCCCCAUGCGCGAUGGUAUGGCUGGAAUGCCAAGUCCAACUGCUACGACCGCAGUCCUGCAGGCUGGGUUCCAGUGUGA